GCUGAUAUCCAUUGAGCUUCCUCCGAGGGGUCCGCAUUGAUUCUUGACUAUCUCCGAAAGCAGAAGUAUGUACCACCAUGACUUUGUGUUCAUGACCAAGGAAUCAUUUAUCGAUAGUCGUCCUUAUUCGGCUAUCGAUAUCUCGACCAAUCUGCAUAAUAAGGUCUCCAAAACUUAUGUGGUGAGAGCUUUACGAGAACUACACCAAAAAAAGGAAAUUGCGUGUCGAGUAGCUGGAAAACAAAUGGUUUAUCAUGCGUUGCAAGAAGAGCUAAACAAGGUCGGACCUGAAGUUAUAGCGGCCAUGGACGAAGAGAUCCAAAGCCUCCAGGAGCAACUUCACGGUCUCAAGGAGAACGACAAAAAGAUGCAAGGCGAAUUGAACUCCAUCAACACAGUACCCUUGCCCUCCGAGCUCCGUACAGAGAUUGAGAAGCUCGAGAAAGAGAAGGGCUCACUCGCUGCUCAUGUGGCUAAGAUGGAUGGUGAUGGAUCGGCGCAUGUGUCUCCUCUGGAGAAGGAAAAUGUGAGGAGGGACUGGAAGAUUUGGCAGAACCAAGCAAGACUCCGAGCUCAGAUAUGCCAUGAUAUAUGGCGCAAAUGCUCUGAAACACUGCCCGAGAAUAUGACUCGGGAUGAGCUUUGGGAAGGCUUGGGCCUUGAAGGGACCCCGAUGUAAUCACAAACUAGGGCGAACCGAGUUUGAUGUCUGCUUUUCUUAGGGAAG